CGAGCCAAAAGGUUUGGCGUAUCGUUUGCAAUGCGUUCGCUAAUAGGCAAACUCUGGUCCGUUUGUGUUUGAAUUUUUUUUCAGUCGUUUUUUUUUUUUUUUUAAUAGUCUGAUCUUAUAUUUCACAAUAUACCUACACUAUUCGCGACCAUUCCAGUGCGUUUGUAUAUAAAAAUUCAUUCCAAGUGAAAUAUUUGCACACUCGUGAUGAAUUCCCAACGACUCCUAUUGCAGACCGACGUUAAACUGAGCGACCUAAACGGCUUCGAUAGCGCCGAACCAAUGCAACCUGCCCAAAGGGAACAACGGGAAGAGUGGACCCAUAAAUUGGACUUUUUAUUCUCUUGCAUAAGCGUAUCGGUGGGACUCGGAAACGUUUGGAGAUUUCCAUACUUGUGUUACAAGCACGGCGGGGGUGCCUUUUUAGUUACUUACUUUAUCGCGAUGGUAUUUUGCGGGAUACCUAUAUUUUUCCAAGAAGUAGCUAUCGGACAGUAUUUGGGUUCCGGCGGGAUGACAUUAGUCGAAAAGUUGUGCCCAAUACUAUCAGGAACCGGAUACGCGACGAUGACUAUAGUGUUCUUGUUGGACGUUUACUACUGCGUUAUUGUUGCUUGGACGUUUUUUUAUCUGAUCAAUUGCUUCAUAUCGUUCCCCACACUGCCGUGGGACAGUUGUGAUAAUUGGUGGAAUACUAUCCAUUGUUCAAAACCAGACGGGUUGAAUAGAACGCGCGAGUUUUUGGAACAGGACAGAAUAGAAACUAUGUUAAGCACGUCGAUGUCUCUAAACGAUAACUUGAAAUCGUGGAACCAGACUUACUUCAACAAAUCAUACACAUUCGACCACGAUGCCUAUUUAUCGGAAUUUUGUCGCACUUUGAAAGCAUUGUCCGGUGACGAUGCUGACGGUGCCAAUGUAACCGAACUCGGGCAAAACAAACCCAAGGUCUUAGAACUGGACGAGAACGUCGGCUUCCUGAGAGAGCUUCACAAUUGUUUUAACGUGUCUACGGUAACCCCGGCCGAAGAAUACUGGGAGAAACGAGUGCUGAUGCUAUCGAGUGGCAUUGAACAAAUCGGAGGAAUCCAGUGGGAGUUGUUGAUAUGUUUGGCAGUGUCGUGGAUCAUGAUUUACAAAAUCCUGGGCAAAGGGCUUAGCCAAAGUGGAAAAAUAGUGUGGUUCGUAGCCAUGUUUCCGUAUUUGAUCAUGGGAGCGUUGCUGGUCCGGGCUUUGACGCUAGAAGGUGCUGGCGAAGGUAUCUCGUACCUUAUAACACCGCGUUGGGAGAGCCUCAUGAAUUCGGACACUUGGAUCGAAGGAACGACACAGAUAUUCUUUGGCUAUAGCGUCGGCGUAGGCACUCUGCCAGCUCUCGGGUCGUUCAAUCGCUUUCAUCACAACUGUUACAGGGAUGCGAUUUUGACGUGUGUUAUCAAUACGCUCACCUCGAUCAUACCUAGUGUGAUAACGUUCAGCAUAUUAGGAUUUAUGGCCGCUUCGCAGGGAACCACGGUUAGUAACGUUGUGGAAAGCGGACCAGGAUUAGUGUUCAUAACGUACCCUCAAGUGGUGCUCCAGCUGCCCGGCGCCAGGAUUUGGGCGAUAGUAUUUUUCGUUAUGCUCGCUAUGAUCGGCAUUGACAGCGAGUUCUGUAACGUCGAGUCGUUCAUAACCGGAUUGACCGACAAGUGGCCAAAGUACUUGAACGCCAAUCGAAAAAAAUUCACCAUGUUCGUCUGUGCAGGAAUGUUUGUGCUGAGCACGUCUAUGGUCACGAAUGGUGGCAUGUAUGUGUUUCAACUAAUGGACACCUAUGCGGCAUCGGGAAUAUCACUGUUGUGGGUGUGUUUCUUUCAAACGAUUUCUAUAUCUUGGUUUUUCGGAGCCGACCGUUUUCGAGAUUGCGUCCAUCAAAUGCUCGGGUUUAGGCCGAAUAUAUUUUGGUACAUAUGUUGGGUGUACCUGGCUCCGCUGGUCAUGAUAUUGGUGUUCGCGUUUUAUGUGGCCAAUUACGAACCCGUUACUUAUGGGAAAUCGUACACGUACCCUUGGUGGGGCGAAGGAUUGGGGAUUUCCAUAUCGCUGUUGUCUAUGGUUUGGAUUCCGCUGUACGCGAUAUACUACUUGAUAACGCAGCCCGGGACUUUGAAACAAAUAAUCAUAAGAGGUUUCACGCCAGUUCCCGAAGUCAAAUGCAGGACUGAAGUGAAAAACAAAAACCCCAAUAAAGAUUUGAGCGUACAGUUGAUGGAAUGCAAUGCGCUAGUGUACUGUGACAACCAAGCCACCAAAACAAUUUAACACAUACCACAUAUUUGUACAUAAAAACUUACAUUACCAAAAUUGUUUUUUUUUUUCAUUCAUUAUCCAACUAGGCCGUUACUGGGAUUCAAUUGGAAUCGGCACGUUGUUGGAAUGAAUUAGUAAUACAAUGAGGUAUUAAUUUAUGGCAAUAUAUGAUGAAAUAUUUAUAAAUACCAGUAAAAAAUAACGUCAGGCGAAUCCACCGUUGGCACCAUUGUUAUUGUUAUUUGUUUUAAGAGUAAAACUAGGGUUUUUUUUAUGUAUAGAUUUUUAAUUAAAAAAGUCCAAGACGAAUGCCUUUUGCCAUUGCUACCUAAAUACCUGAGUAAAUUAUUAAUGUAUAAACUGUUAGGUACCACACUAAUGACUUUACAUAAAAUAUCAAUGUUUGAAAAACAUUAUAAUAUAUGGACGAGGUAAUUGUUAUUAAACUUCCACAUCCACCCGUAUAGGUUUGGCAAAUAGUAGUUUUGAAUUUGUGUUUAACAAUAAGCUUUUUAUCUUUAUAAAUUAUCAUAAAAAUGUCGGUUACAGAACUAUUAGAAAACCGUUUAUUUGCGAUCAGAUAAAUAUUACAAGUUGUAUAAUAAAAAAUUUA